UGUAAGUCCUGCAGAGAAGGCAUGGGUGGGUCUGUACAAAGAGUUUGGAGCACAGUAGACAGUGGUUCCUGAAACUGAACUACAGGGAGCGCAUACACUCAACUCAGGAUACUCUGUGUCUUUUUAAAAAUCACAAUCAUGGGUCAGUCGUCCUCUGAUACAGCUAAGGAUGGAGGUCAUGAAGAUUUACUGUCCAGCUUCACUGUAUAUUUAAAGACGAUGAAGAGAGAAAAGGAAAUCAUAUCUGAGGAAACCAUCCGUUUAAUACAAUUUCAUCUGAAAAAAGGAAACAUCCAGGGGGCAAACUCUGUAAUCAGUAAGGCAUUAAAAAAUAUUGAUGAGGCCCCAAUAAGCAUUGCUGUGACAGGAGAGUCUGGAGCAGGGAAGUCCAGCUUCAUUAAUGCCCUGAGGGGAGUUGGGGCUGAAGACCAAGGUGCAGCAAAAGUUGGAGUAGUAGAGACAACUAUGGAGAGAACUCCAUACAAGCACCCCAGAAUUAAAACUUUGACUCUAUGGGACCUGCCUGGCAUUGGAACUAUCAAGUUUCCGCCGAAGGAUUAUCUGGAGAAAGUGCAAUUCCAAGAGUAUGACUUCUUUGUUAUUGUUUCUGCCACACGUUUUACAAAACUCGAACUAGAACUUGCCAAAGUAAUAAGAUUCAUGAAAAAGAAUUACUACUUUGUGAGAACCAAGGUAGACACUGAUUUAGACAAUGAAAAGAAUUCCAAACCACGCACAUUUGACAGAGAAAAGACCAUUGAGAACAUCCGAAGCUACUGUGAGAACACGUUUAUUCAGAAUCACAUGGAUGUACCACAGAUUUUCUUGAUUUCAAACAGAGUUUUAAUUGACUAUGAUUUUCAAAUCCUGAUGGACACCCUGAUAAAGGAUCUUCCUGCUCAGAAGCGUCACAAUUUUAAACUUUCCAUGACUAAUAUUUCAGAAGCAGCCAUUGACACAAAGCGAGAGUCUAUGCAGCAGACUAUCUGGCUGGAAGCCUUCAAGGAUGGACUACUGGCAACUGUUCCUGCAGUGGGCAUCCUCAGAAAUGAUACGGAGAGGCUGAAGGUGAAGUUAAACCACUAUCAAUUCAUCUUCGGAGUGGAUGAUGAGUCCCUAAAAGUCAUGGCUACAAAUUCCCAAAUGCCUGUUGAACAACUGAAAAAAGUCAUUAAAUCUUCUCAUUUGUUAGAAACUAAGCACGAAAAAACAUUAGGAGACACAUUUUUGAAAUAUUUGGAGAUAUUUGCCUCAGCUAAUGGUGGGCUCCUUGCUACAGGUCUUUACUUUAGGAAAACCUUUUACUUGCAUCACAUCUUCCUUGACACGGUGACUGAAGAUGCCAAAGCUCUCCUUAGAGAGACAACUCAAAAAAAGUAGCUCAGGCUCACCUUACCCACAGCUACUGACCAUGAUAGCAUCAAAUGGUUAUACCAGGAAUAAUUAGAUGAAUUUCCUCCUCUGGUAUAUUUUCUUUACACUUCCACCAUGGGAAAACCUAAUGAUGAGGACCAUUCUUCUUAAUGUGUCAGACUCAGACAGCCCAAAUCCCUCUUCACCUCUCUACCUCCCUCUCUUUCUAUCAACCCUAUCUGCACGCUUGAAUACACACACACGCGCGCACACACACACACACGAAUGAACACAUGUCCAUAUACAACACCUAAACAUGUGAAAGCAUACACACAAAAAAGUUAUGAAUAGGUGUUUUGUAACAGUUUCCACCCAACCAAAACAUAUCAAUGAAAAUCCAGGUAGUUGGGAGAUCUAUGCUCAGUGCAUAAAUCACUUGCCAUACAUGUAUAAGGAACAGAGUUCAAAUUCCAGAACCCACACAAAUGCUGAGUUGGUGUUGUAUCCACCUAGUACUUCCACAUUCAGAAGCAGAAGCAGUGACACCGUGGAGAAGAUGGCUUCCUAGACUGUGUAGAUCUACAAGCUCCGGGUUCAUGUGAGAGACCCUGCCGUGCUGACAAAGGUAGAAAGGUGGAGGCACAACAGCUCUGACAUGUCCACACACAUGUAAACAUGUGAACCCACACAGACACCCAUUUUACAUAGAAUAUGAAAUAAUACUCAGGAAGUAAAUAAAAUCACAAGUCUCAGAAAGUACAGGGACAUAACAGGUUAAUAAAGCUCUCCUCAAGGUUAUAUAAGCAAAAAGCAUUCAACAGGAAUGGGGAUUUCAGAGCAGCUGAGGCACCUGUGAAUCUUGCAGGGAGCUCCAUGACUACAGCUAUGGAGAGUCCCUGCCUUGCUGAGGUGGGCUCUUUGGCAAUGAAGCUACCUCUGAGUGACCCACAUUCUCAUUAGCAACACUAACCCUAAUAAAUUCACUCAUUUGCUAAUCUAGACACAGAAGAUUUUUUAGGCUAGGUUUGAAGUGAGUGAAUUCACUUCUACUCUGGAACUUUGAGGUAGGAAGACAAGAGCCUUUAAUCUGGGCCAUGCUUUCUUCUGGAAGUCUCUACAAGGACAUAGAAGAAGCAAGUAUUUGCUCAUUACCUGCUUGCCAUCCUCUUGCUAGCCAUCCAUUCCUUCAAUAACAUUGGAAUCUACUCCUUUGGGAUUCCAGCCUAUACAGACAACCAGCUUUGUGGGACUCAACAAGUAGAUUCUUGGACUUUCCAUUCACAGAAGGUCAUUGGUGGAUUACCUGGAUUGCAGCCUGUUAGUCAUUCCAAUAAAUCCCCUUUAUACAGAGAGAUACAUGCCAUAAGUUAUCUGAAUCUAGAGAACUUUAAUACAAUAAACAAUGACUUCUUGAAUGAGCAUGACCCACUCAUUACUGCAUACAGUAACUCCAGUAAAACUUCCUAAGCACACAUAAAAUAGUAAAUUUCAGUAAAAUUCAGUAGAGUGUUUCCAGAAUCCUCAGUAAUUCAUUCCUUCACUCCCUCCUCCUCCCCAGUAUGCAGUUUUACUUCUUCCUAUUACUUGUCCUCUACGGAUCACCUUGGAAUUAGAGUUUUGUAGAUGGAAGAGAAUCAAUGAAGUGAAUAUAUUUAUAACAUAUGCAUGGAACAGGUGCUGCAUGGAACUCUAGAUUGGUGGGUUGCUUAUUUAAUUUCUUCAGAAUUUAAAAGUAAGUACUGUUCUAAUGUGAUUUCCACCUCUCCAUCUCUCACUUCCAAUUCACCCUUUUUCCUCCACUACCCCCUCUCAAAUUUAUGAUCUCUUCUUCUCUUAUUACACACACACACACACACACACACACACACACACACACACACACAAUACAGCCUAGUGAAUCCAUUUAGAGAUGCUCAAAUGCAUGGCUGUUUAGGACUGGCCACUUGGCGCUAUCAGUGGACGUGUUGCUGGAGAAAACCGAGUCCCCCUUUCUCACCAGGCAUUUAUUGUGGAUGGAGCUAUUCAUCUAGAGAUGAGACUGAGGAACUCCCCCCAUCCGCAUUGAUAUAUCAACUGAUUUUGUCAUUAUGCAAGUCUUGCUUUGGCAACCAUACUCUUGAGAUGUCAUGGAUACAUCAUCCUUGACAGGUCAAAAAGAAAAUAUAUGUGGCUGUAGUCCCUGUUUCCUAACUCUUACUAUCUUUCCAUCACCCCUUCUGUGAUUUUCCUUGAGCCCUGGGUGUAAUAAUAACAUGGUUGAUGUAGCAGGUUGGUUCUGGAUCACAGAGUCACUUAUUCUCUGCAUUGUGACCUGCUGUGGACCUCUGUGCUCCUCCUUGACAUACACUAAAAGGAGUCUAUAUCCUACUGAAGACACACUUUCGCAUCCAUGUUCUUUACUGAUCUAUUCACAAUAUCUAGAAAAUGGAAACAACCUAAAUGUCCUUCAACUAAUGAAUAGAUAAUAACAGAUGUUCUAAACAUAUUAAUUGGAAGUCUUUUCAGCUUAAAGAAAAACAUAAUGAAUAAAUUCACUAGUACAUGGAUACAAUGGGAACUACAAUGAGUGAUGUGACCAGACCUAGGAAAACAGAAACCAUUUAUUCUUAGUUGUGGAUUCAAGCUGGGAAUCUUUAGAUUUGAGUAUGUAAUCUGAGGUAAUAACAGAGCAAAUGAAAGUAGACAGGCCCCAUAGGGAAGGAGAGAAAAGAAACGCUGUAGAAGAGGAUAGAAGGACACACACAUGCUGUGAAGAGGGAAAGGGGGAAAUUAGGAGGGGACUUUAAGUUGGAUGAGGGCAAUACAGAGGAAGAAGGAAGACUAAAAGAGAAAUAACACUAAGGCUGUUUGAAAAUCCAUGGGGAAAUGUAUUAUUUUAUAGGCCUAGUUUAAAAUACAUAUAAUAUGAGUGUGUGUAUGUGUAAAUAUAAAUGCAUGUACUAUAA